AUGGAUCCCAAGGAGGUCAGCGGGAGUGACAAAGAUAAGGAAAAAGAAAAGGACAGAGUGAUAAAGAGGCGGAACCGGCCUGUAUUCUUACGCUACCUGGAGAGGAGAAGGACAGACACUAUUGUUGCUGAUGACAUGGCCAAAGGUGACAUCAACCUGGGGACACUGGUGAGGAGGAGUCAGUCUGACAAGACGGAGUACAGCGCUAAACUUAAAGAGAAAAUGGCACCACAUGAUCAGUCCACACCCCCCUCCCCAGGACUGGACCCAGAGGAGAUCCGUUUGAGGAAGAUGAACCGCAGGGCAAAGGUCAUUCAGGAGCUUGAGCAGACUGAAAAAGACUACCUCACAGACCUGGAGCUGUGCAUCAGAGAGGUGGUCCAGCCCCUACGAAGCAUGCAGGUAGAUUUUUUAGAUGUAGAUCGGCUGUUCACCAACAUGGAGACUCUGUGUGAGGUAUCUGCAGCACUCCUGCACAGACUGCACGAGGCCAUGGCUGACCCUGAUCCAGAGGCAGUUGUCAUAGGAGAAGUAUUCAUCCAGGCGAAGGCAGCUUUAGAAGAUGUAUAUAAGAUUUACUGUUACCAUCAUGAUGACGCCAACAUGUCACUCAAAUCCUACGAGAAAGAGGACGACAUAAAGCAACAUUUCACCACAUGCAUUUUAGCACUGAAGAAAAUCUAUGACCAAGAAGGGAAGCCCAACUUGCUGGACAUGGGUUCAUUACUCAUCAAACCUGUUCAGAGGAUUAUGAAGUACCCGUUGCUGCUUGGGGAGCUGUGGCAGGCCACACCUGAGAACCACCCUGACUAUCAGCCGCUCCAGGAGGCAUUCACCGCCACCAAGAUCAUGAAUGUUAACAUCAAUGAGUUCAAGCGGCGCAAGGAUAUAGUUAUGAAGUAUAAGAGGGUGGAAGAUGAAGGCACACUGAGGGGCAAACUACACAAGUUUAACAUGCAUUCUAUCCGUAAGAAAGGGGACAGGUUUGCCGGCUAUCUCAAAAUCCUCACUGGAGUUGAACCACAAGUGAGAGAUGAAGUCUUUGAUAGAGAGGAGAAAGUGUUCAGGAGUCUGGAGAAGGCUGUGAGGCAGCUAAUCAGAAAUGUUCAGUGUUACCUGCAGCACACUCAGGAUAUGGUGUAUGUAGCUGUCGAGAAUGCCCAGGACUUGGAAAACAUUAUCAAGGGUCCAAACGAAAAUGGCACAAACUGCUCAUUGCCCAGUAAUGGAAGCGACCCCUAUAUGCACUUUAAAGACAAUAUGGAACUCCUGGUCCUUGCCCCCCUCUUAUCCCUGCACAGCAUGUUCACAGGCCCACAGAAGCUCAUUCAGAAACGUUAUGACAAACUGCUGGAUUACUGCAGCCACCUGGAGCGUUCGUCCUCUUUUACACCCUCAUCCACUUCAUCCACCACUUCUUCGUCUGCUUCACUGGUGUCAGAAGACCCACCCGGUCCUGCCAGGAGGGACUAUGAAGCCCUCAAUGCCUUGCUAGUGGAGGAGUUGCAGAGGUUCAACAUGGCCUCCCAAACUAUUCUGACCAACUGCAUAGUGUAUCUAGUGGCCCUGCUCAGAGAGCUGAUGUUUAAAAUAUUACUUCCUGUGCCAUCCAUACAGCAGCUACCAGCUCCAUUGUCAAACAUUGCUGAAGUGCAGAACAGCAUCAUGGAUGAGCUGAACAAUCUGACUUUUGUUAAGGAUAACGCACAAAAGCUAAUGGAACGCAAAGUCAGCUUCGAGAGACAACGAGACAGGAAAAUACUUCUGCCAGAGGUGGAGCAUCAAAGUGAGGAACAGCGUGCCUGGCUGCUGGCAGAAUACCCAGUGAGUCGUUUGUACCAGCUAAAGAGGAAGUGCAAUGGCUGCCAGGAACAGGACCUCAGCCUGCUGGAGGGAGAACUGGUGGCUCUGCUGGAGGACACAGACCCGUUAGGCAGCAGCAGUCGCUGGCUGGUUCACACCGGAGGUACACAGGGCUAUGUCUACUCCACAUUCCUGAAGCAGUACAACCCUCUGAGGGACUCACAGCGAGCAGGACAGAUGGCGAAAGAGCAGCAAAAGCAGCAGCAGCCACCUGCCAUGGUGGAUGAGGACUUUGACGACAUCAGUCUGUUUGUGUCUGGGAGUGGCAGCAGUAGUCUGCGCAGCUUCAGCCUCAACACUGCUGACAGCAGCUCAACCCUCUCUGGCCUACAGGGGGAGCUGGAGAAUCCUGAAGACUUGGAGGACACGCUAGACACAGAGGCUCAGCAGUUUUAUGCCGUCUAUGCAUUUCAAGCCCGCUGUGACCAGGAGCUGACUUUGCAGGAGUACCAGCAUGUACGCAUCAUCCAGUUUUGUGACCUGGGAGGCAAUAAAGAGUGGUGGUUAGCUGAGGCUAACGGACAGAGGGGAUAUGUCCCUGCCAACUACCUUGGUAGAAUGUCCUAUGCAUAGUUAAAGAGCCUUUAUCUAUCCAGAACUUACCUGUGGCAUUUUCAAAAAACCCAUUCAUUUCUUAAUACACAAUUGAAGGCAUCCUGACUUUAAAACAAAUAAUAUCUCUGCUUUGUGAAUGUCACUAUAGCUGUUACUGUAUUAUUAGAUCUCAUACCAAAAGUGUUGACAAUGAAAUUACUUUACCUUCACGAAAGAGAUCCCCAAUGGG